GCAUAUCCACGCGAGAUUUCAGCGGACAACAGGGCGCGAAUUAGAUGGGUGGUCUGGCAGUGUCCCCUUUAACUGAACUGAACGUUUGUUUGUUUCUACUGAAGGUGAGUAGUCAGGCUUUAAGCUUUAGAAUCAGUUCUUGGAUUUACGGAGACCAAAACCUUCGCAUUACACCCAGUUGUCGUCCGGCUAAGCAGUCCUUUAAUGUCUGUUUAGCAUGUAGCGUAAGUUAGCUAAAAGAGAUACUUGGGCUAGCCUGUUGUAACUUGGUCAUAAUAGUGUUUUAAUUUAUCUUCGGCACAGCGUGAACAAAUUUAACAAAGUCCAGAAAGCCUGAAAGACUAUUAGCAUUUAUGAACGUGUAUCUGUUUAAAACUGGAGUUGAACCCCGACACGAUUCUUGUGUGUUUCCUUUCAGUUUCUUUUCUCUGCUGAAGAAGUUGAAGGUGCGAAAGAUGUCCAAGAGGAAAAGCAGCUCUGUCAGUGACAAACCCCAAAAGCGGGUGAGAUCUGAAGAAGAUGAUGAAGAGAUGGAGGAUGCAAACGCUGGUGAAAGUGAUGAGGAAGAUGAUCUUCUGAGCAAACAGGUUUCUGCUUUGUAAAAAUCGAAAUAAUCGAGAAGUGAAAAGUGAUUCGCAGUAGUCAGUUUUUACUUCUUGUGGCUCUGAUUUGUGAUGACCUGAGAUUAUUUGAAAGAGUGACUAACCAGGUAUGUUACUACAAGUAAAUCUCAUCAGUUUCAUGCAAGAAAUAAUAUCAAUAACCUGUGUUUAGAUGUUAGGAGCUGGUGAGGUUGUGAGUGAUGCAGGGAUUGUGGAAAGCAUCACUUUAAAAAACUUCAUGUGCCACUCAAACCUCGGACCAUUUGCCUUUGGUUCCAAUGUCAACUUUGUGGUGGGCAACAAUGGAAGUAAGUAUCAGUGCUCAAACUGUGAGGUUGCUUCUUAAGAAAGAUUAACAAGUUGAUUACUAGUAUCAGCAGAUAUCAAAACUUUUGCAGAAAUGUACUGCUAAAAUAUACUGCCAAUGUGAUGAUUCAUUAAUUGUGCGACAGGUUAUGCAUGCCACUAACAAACCUCAACAAGUCAGGUAUUGGCAAGAGUCACGUAUUGUGAAUUCCUGUGAGACUUUUAUUCUUCUGUAACGCUGUGUGAUAGGGCUGAACAGUUUAUAGUUUUCUGAUCGAAAUUGCGAUUUCAGACAGCGUGAUCAUGUGAUCACCACAGCUGUUUUUUGUUUGUUUGUUUUUUUUUGUCUGUUUUGCUGUGCUCCUGACUCACUCAGGAUCUGUUGUGUGCCAACUGUUUUACAUACACUACAGGCCAAAAGUUUGGAAGCAAGGCCAUUACAGGCUGAACAGUUGGGAGUAACUUUAACUUUUUGUUCACAAUGCUUUUUUUUUAAAUCCAGCAUGAGUUUUAUGUAUUUUGGGAUGUAUUUACUCCAUGAUCAGAUGUUGCUUUCAUGGAAAUGCACCAUUUUACUCCAUUUACCUUUAGAUAUACAUUGAUGUUAACAGACCAUUGCUAAAUAUAUGUCAGCAAAAGCUAGUAAGGGCUUAGUUUUAGGGUUGAAAACAUUUGCAUGAGUCACAACUUCAGUGCAAAAGGAAAAAAACAAAUCACAGUUGGAUUAUUCACUUCAACUUUUUGGCUUUUGAGAGUCUGCAUACAAAAAUCCUUAUAAAUCUCAACUGCAUUGAAACUACAGCAAAAAUGGCUAGAAAGAAGCAACUGAGUAAAGAAACAAAACUACAGAUUUGUACAUUGAGGAAAGAAGGAUACACAAAAAGAGAAAUUGCAAAACGCCUAAAGGUGUUUAACAAAGGAGUCCACUACACUCUGAAGAGACUAGAGGAACCUGGAAGUUAUGAUGAUACAAAAAGACCUGGACGAAACAGAGUUACUCCAAAAGCAGAGGAUAAACAUAGCAUUGUUACCAGUAAGAGAGAUCAGCGAAAGACAGCACCACAAAUAAGGGAGGAAAUCAACAUGACAAGGUCGAAACCCGUAUCUCUGACAACCGUGAAAUGAUGUUUGAGAAAGGCUGGUCUGAAGGGUUGUGUAUCUGCAAAAACACACAAAAGAGAACAAGAAAAAGAGAUAUGAGUGGGCAAAAGCUCACAAAAAUUGGACUUUUGAUGAGGAGAAACAAGUUUUAGAAACUGUUUGGUUCAAAAUUCAGAGUCAAUGUCCGCAGACAAACUGGUGAACGUCUGAAAGCACCAUGUGUUACACCCACAAUUAAGCAUGGAGGUGGUAGUUCCAUGGUAUGGGGAUGUUUUGCAGGUAAUGGAGUAGGAGAUUUGUUUGAAGUAAAGGGUAAUAUGAAGAGGGAGCAGUACCACUCCAUCCUCCAGCACCAUGCUGUUCCAUCUGGACUCAGACUUGUGGCUCAUAAGUUUGUUUUGCAGCAAGACAAUGACCCUUAGCACUCUGCCAAGCUCUGUCAGUGUUACCUAGACAAAAAAGAAGGGGAAGGUGUUCUUCAAAAGAUGGUUUGGCCCCCUCAGUCUCCAGACCUUUCUCCAGUUGAGCUUGUGCGGGAUGAAUUGGAUCUAUCAGUCAGAAAAACGCGUCCCCUGAGUAAGCAGUCUCUUUUUAAUGAACUUUAGAAAGCUUGGAAUGCAAUCCCUGGAACAUACCUUAAAAAACUGGAACGAAUGCCUGGUAUAUGCCAAGCUGUUGUUAAAGCCAGAGGAGGUUACUUUAAAGAAAGCAAAGUCUAAGCAACAAUAACUCAAAUACCUAAUAAUUAUAGUCAAAAUGUCUUCUGAUAAGUUACUCUUUACACAAUAGUCAUGUUUAUUGUGUUGCAAAUUAUAUAUAUGAAACUAUGAUCUUUUUUUGUACAAAUCUGAUCUUGCUUUCAAACUUUUGGCCUGUAGUGUACAUGCUGUCUCCCCACCGUCCUGCCAAACUCGCCAGUCAGAAGCGGCAUAUGCUACUUAUGGACAGGUUACAUUAACCAAUCAGUAUUUACCUGCUCUCUGUGUUUGAAACAUGAACCUGUUUUUAAAAUGGCUUCAGAAACCUGUUGCGCGAAAGUUGCUACAUUGAGCAGAAACACAAUCAACUUAUACCAGCUCUUGAAAAAACCCCACAGGCACUUGCAUGAGGAGUGCGUGGCGAAAAAGUCCGGUGAAAAGUCUAGUAAACAUGAGCAAACAGACGACAAUUACAACAUCUUUUCCAGUGUAAGCCCGUAUGAUGAGAGCAGCUGGAGACACUGGGAGAUAACGAUUGCCAUAACACAAUAGGGGAGUGGUGCCAGUUUUUACUGAGCAGAUUUAAAGCAAGGGGAGGACAGUAAUAUCUCCAACUAAAAUGUGGUGCAACCCUGGGAACAAUCACUUUGGAUCUUGAAUAGUUUGAGAACAGUUUGAGAAAUAUAGCUUUAGAAAAAUAAGUGAUCUUCUGGCACAACUUUCCCCCAGUGCGGGGUAAAUGGGGCCAUGAAUUAUUGAAGUAAAACACAUAAUUUUUAUCUUACAAAUAGUAAUGCUAUAUAAAAGUUAGACAAAUUCAAUACAAAAUUACUUAUUUAACAUUUAUUGAAAGAUUUUAAAGCUCAAAACCCACUUCUCUAUAACAAGGCCUAUAGCACCACAUGAGCACCUUUAGAACAUAAUCAGCUGCAAUUCACCAAGCUGUGAAUCAUCAAUGCUGCAGGGGACUAUGAAUUUUUGCUCUCUUCUGGUUGAACCACCAUGUCUUUGUGGUGUGGGUAGUGUCUUGAGCACAUCGCCUUUAGGGAUGACUUCAAUUUGUUUAAAUGUAAAGAUUGGCUUCCCAUCCACAAUUCUUACCUUUUAGUUUUUAUUCCUGCAUUAAAGUAAUAGCCUUUUAUGUUUUGAUUUAUAAAUGUUUCUAUACACAUUGUGAAUGUUGCACUGCAGCUUGAUUUGAAGAAAAUUGUGAAUCGAAUUGAAAUCGCAAUUUCUGCCAGAAAAAUCGCAAUUCAAUCUUUUCCCAAAAUUGUUCAGCCCUACUGUGUGAUCUGCUUUUGUAUCUGUAUUCCUUUGCUGAUGGUAUGUGUUUGUGAACUGUUGCCAUCAUGCGGAUUAUGUCCAUUUUUUUUAAUCAAGAUGAUUAGUAUCUCAUAUCUUGUGAUGUAGAUUUAAAGGUAUUUUGUUAUUAUGUUCAAUUUACUAUAUGUGCUAUCACAUUAAUUCUGACUGAUCCUCCUAGUUAAUUGUGUUUAUUUUGUCUAAAUAUUUUCCCCUUCUAACCUUUUCUAUGUGACAGGUGGAAAAAGUGCCAUUCUGACAGCUCUCAUAGUUGCCUUAGGCGGGAAUGCGCAUGCAACAAAUAGAGGCUUGUCCCUAAAGGGUUUUGUGAAGCAAGGAGAAAGGUACGCUUUGUACUACAUCAUGUUUUGAUCUUGUGUUUUCUAUUUUGUCUGAGACAAGAUGCUUUCUUUUAACUGCCUGUCAUUUGGAAAAAAUUGCAUUUAACCUUCUCUGUAGACAGAUCUUUAACCAAGAUGUUUUUCUGUGUACAAGUACUUCAAACUUAGGAUUUCAGUGACUGUCUUGUAUAAAGAUAACUAACUGUGUUUGUCUGUUUACUCAGCUCGGCAGAGGUGUCGAUCACCCUACGUAACAAAGGAAGAGAUGCAUACAAAUCUGAGGUAUAUGGUUCAGCCAUCAUUGUUGACCAGAGAAUAACCCGAGAGGGAUUAAGAACAUAUAAACUGAGAGCCAAGUCAGGUAAAGACCACAAAGAAACGUGGAUUAAGUUGUCUUUUAUUAUUGUUUUUGUUUUGCGUAUUUUUUCACCUUCCAGGUUAAAUUUUGAUAAGAUACUACAGCUACAAUCCUCAUUAGGGGAAAAAAACAACCUAAUUUUUAUGGUUCAGGACUCUUUAACACUUCCAAACACCCUUAAAAGCAAAAUGAGCACAGACCAAAAUAAGUAAAACGUUCAGUGACGAGAUUGAAAAAAGGAGUAAUAUGCCAGUAACAUAAUUGCAAUGACUUAUUUCUGUUGUUCCUUGAACAAUUCUCUAAAUAUAUCAGGAAUUCAUAACUCUGUGUUUUUCCUCUUACAGGUCAGAUAAUCUCGAACAAAAAGGAGGAGCUGUUGUCUAUCCUGGACAACUUUAACAUUCAGGUAUUAGCGAUGCUAAGUUUUUUCUUGUAGAAUGAUCAACAAACUUUGUCACUAUGCAAAGAGGCGUUAUUAUUGACUUCAUUACUUUUUGACUUUUUUCAAGGUUAACAAUCCUGUGUCAGUUCUCACUCAAGAGAUGAGCAAAUACUUCCUGCACUCCAAAGGAGAGGGCGAUAAAUACAAGGUUACUAUGUGACUGCAUUAAGAUAUUCCAUAUUUAUAAAUCCAUUUUGAAGAGUAACAUCUUAAAAUUUUUAUUGUGUUGGGUUUUGUUUUGUUUAUCCUUUUGCAGGGGUGAAUAACCACACUUUUCUCUGUAAAUUUUAAUGCAGUUUUUUAUGAAAGCUACCCAGCUGGAGCAGAUGAGAGAGGACUUUAUCUACAUCAAAACCACCAAGAAUGUCACUGAGGAAAAAGUUGAGCAGCACAGUGAAGUAAGAAUUCCCUCAUGUAUAUAUUAAGACAACUUUAACCUGUAGUUGACAAAAAUUGUUAAAUGGUUAGCCCUUUACUGUACCAAGACAAGGACCCAGUUUACAUCUCUGCACAGCUUUAUGGAGCUUUGUUUAGAGUCCCUCCUUGAUGAUAUACCCCAUAUCAUUCCAGUGCUUGAAAGACUUAAAGAGAAAGUACCUGGAGAAAGAAGAAUGCUACAAGAGCCUGGCAUCGCUGGAUGAAAUGCAAACCAAGCUGGAGGAGUUGCAAAAGCAAAUGGCGUGGGCUUUGGUGAGAACAUUUAAUUUAUUCACUCAAUUUUCUUCAACUUUACCUAUGCUGUCAUGUCCUGAUGAAACCGGAGUAAUGCCUUAGAGACUAAGAUUCAUGUACAUCAUAAAUGUUGACCUUGACUUAAAAACUGCAGGUGGCUGAGUUGGAGAAGGAGUCAGAGCCCUUGAAAGAUAAGCUGCAGGUAGAUAGACGUGAUACAGAGAAAUAUAACCAGAAGGUGGAUGAAUGGAAGGUAAGAUACUUUGGAAAUGUUCACCAUGAAAUAUAAAGAAAAUAUUCUCUGUAGGGUUAUUUGAUUAAAUUUCCUUUGUCAUUCUGUUUAAAAACUGUGUUUGCUCACACUACAACUUUGUAUGCGUCCAUGUUGACAGUCCCCUGUAACUUCUGCACUUCUUUGAUCUGUUUUUAUAAAAUAAUACAGAAAAAGGUCGCAGAGGCUGAAGAGAAGCACAAGCAGAUCCAGGAUCGGUUGGAAGGAAUAACCCAGAAAAUCCAGGAACUGCAGCCCAAAAGUGCUGAGCUGAAGGCUGAGGUUCAAAAGCAAAACACCUGUUUGAAGUCCAGUGAGGUCAGAGUCAUACUAUACUUUAUUCAGACUGUAGUGCAGAAAUACUCCAUUCAGUCACUUGUGUGAAAUGUCUUUUUUUUUUGGUUUGAUGAAGAGAUAUGUCCAUCUUUUUAGCCAAGUUACCUCACUCAGGAUUAUCAGGUAUCCGUGACAAAUAGUUAUUUAUGGUUUUUGAAGAGGGUUUACCAGGCGUAUUCAAUGUUUGAGAGGUAAUUAUUUGUACUAAUAUUAUACUAGUUGUAGUGGUAGUAGUAAUUACAGCUCAGCUUAAUGCUUUAAAUUGAAGGUGCAAGUUAUGACAUCUGGAUUCAGAAAGAAAGGUAAGUGCAAACUCUGAAUGUGUUAACCAUGAAGUGAGGGAGGGAAGCUCUAAGUUUUCUGUUUCACAAAGGGAGGUCAUUCAAUAUUACUCAGUAUUUUAUUAAGGAGUCUCUAGAUAAAGGGCAUUUCAUGGGGAGUGGAUUUUUAAACCCCGGCUGAGUGUUUCUAUCAUUUUCAAAAAGUACAUGUUAGAGCAUUAGUAUUUAUCCGUACAUUCUUUUGUGUAUCUAAUGAUAAAGCCCUAAUCAUUCCCCUUCGUGGACAUGCUCUUACAACCAAGCAGACUCUGUUUCAUUUUCGGUUUAUUUUCGGUAUUUCAUCCUCAUUUUCAAGUUCACUUUAGUUAAUAUUGCAUUCAACAAGGAAUAAAACUUAGGGUUGAAUACCAUUCCGCCACAUUUCACCUAUAGCCUCAUACUAAAGUGGGACUGAGUAUAAGAUAAUUACACUCCCUUCAAACUUACUCAUGAAACAAAUUUCUCUCUCGUUGCGUCUCUCUCUUUUGCUGUAGCAGCAUUAUUAAUUUAUUAUUUUCAUUAAUAUGGAAAUAUUCUGUAUGUGGGCAUGAGAAUUUCUUAUUAGACAGGGGUAAAGCAGGUGGACCUAUUUUUGUUGCCCAUAGACACAGGGCUUUAUAGUUUUGGCGCUCUGUUCAUGCUGGCCUUGAACUGUCAUUGUACAUUUUUUUAACACUGAGUGUAAAGCAACCAAGAGUUUAGGGCUGGACUCAGUUUUUUUUUAACUUUCUGUUUAAAACAGACCCUGCUUUAUCUACUGCUAUAAAUGUGACUCAUCCACAUCUGACCAGUGUUUUUGAUUUUCAUUUGGUAAGCUAGGUAACUGCUCACCGAUGCAAGGCUAACCUUAGAGACCUGGAGAAGGACAAAGUCCAGCUGUCUUCUCGACUGAAUGAUCUCAAGCUCAAGUACAACCUCAUCUUGAUAUAAUGUCUUAUCUUUAAAUACAUGUUUGUUUGAGUAUUCCUCACACACUUUUUGUUCACCCUUGUAGCAUCAGUCAGACAACAGGAGCAGAGAGCCAGGCCAGGACAGAGCGCAUGGAGAAGAUCCAGGUUGAGCUGGAGAGCCUGAGUCAUCAAAUCUCCACACUGAGUCAGCAGAUAGACCAGUAUCAAAACGCCUGCAGUCGUGCCAGGGAAGAACAAGGAAGGAUGAGGUAGGGAAAUGCAGACCUUGGUGUUGAAGAGGGAUUGAUCAUGGAUACAUGACAACAGAGUUGGUUUAUGUCUUCAUGUUGAGCUGGGUAAAAGUGUGAGGGGUUUUGGCCACUAGAAAAUCCUUCUCAAACCAUUCAAUUCUGGGAAGCUUUGUCUGAGUUCUACUGUUCUGUUUAGUGUAGAAGAAAAAUGAUUCUCUUGUCUUUGAGUUCAGUGUAAUCUCUUUAAAACUUUUCAGGGGUAGUAGGAAAUUCUCAUUGUAAAAAAGAAGAGUGUCUUCAUUUUAGUUGCUGGGCCGUACCAUAAAACCUAAGCUAAUAUCGAGUGAAAAUUUUCACUUCAUUUUAUCUUCAGGAAAGAGCAUGAAGUGCUCCGGAGGUCUAUUGAUGCCAACAAAAGGAAUCUGCAGACUCUGGAGAGCAGUAGGUCCAAUCGCCUGCGUCGUUUUGGAGAUUGCAUGCCUGCACUUCUCAGUGCUAUCCAGGAAGCUCACAAAAGGGGCAAGUUCAAGCAGAGACCCCGAGGACCUCUGGGUAAGUCUAGGUGUCCAUUUGUUUUGUCCAUUGCUAGUCUGUCAUAACAGGAUUUAAUCAUCAUUAAUCUAUCUUUCCCGCCAAGAGUCAUCCAUGAUCAAAAUUCACUUGAAAUGAUUUUUUUCUUCCCUUUCACAGGUUAUCUUAUCAGCCUAAAGGACCCUGAGCUGGCCCUGGCUGUAGAAGUAUGUCUCAAAGGCCUGCUGCAGGCUUUCACCUGUGAUAACUAUGAGGAUGAGAGGGUACUGCAAGGCCUCAUGGCAAAAGUGUUCACAGCUGCUCGUAGACCUGCUAUUAUCACCAGCACUUUCCUCCCACAAGUCCAUGAUACAAGAAAGAGGUGAAGUCAUACCCAGUCUUCAUAUGAACACUAUGUUGUUACAAGAUGAUUUGUAGUGUUGGUGGUUCAUCUAUGAUUUUAUGACCAAGGCCUUUGAACAUUAAGAGAUCCAUGGCAUUGGUCAGUUUGGCAAACUGACACAAAGCUGAACAUUCAGGUAUUGAUAAUGCUGCGGGGAUGCUUUUUGCAGUUUUUUGAGUUUACUGUUUCAGAUCUAUACUGACAUAAAAACUUUUUUGGUUUUUGGACCUACUUUUUAUUUAUUUUAACAAGUAUGGUUCAAAGAAAAUUCAUUUAGCAGCAAAUCAUACAUCCAUUUCUUUGUCACAUUAAAUAAAUUAAAAUAGAAUAACGCUAAGUAUGACAGCACAGACCCUGCAAACCUGGAAGUUUUAUAACCCCAUCCUUCUCCCGCCCUCUCCCCUCCCACCUGAGUCUUGUAUUUUGAAUACACAUAAAAUAAUCUAAAGUACAUCUAAAUAAUAUUAAUAAGAAAAGGAAUGUAUAGAGGCAGCUUUGAUUGACAAAAAUAAUAAUAGUAGGAGAGUAUAAAAGAUAAAUACCACAAUGUAGAGGACCACAGUACAGAUCUGUCAGAGUCAAAGGCCUGUGUCCUAUUUUCUGAAGUGGUGAGGGGGCUCCCAUCUUACUGCUGGCAUUUUUAAGGCAGCAAUACAUGUUUAAAGCCACAGCAGUCUUUGAGUUUGGGUAAGAUUCUGCCCAGAGUCAUCAUUCAAAAGCAUAAUUUUAGAAGAACAGGUAAUUGUCAAAAUAAGUAAUUUGGAUUUAAGGAUUUCUGUAGUUUGCAUCCAAAAUUUUUGAGCAGGUGGACACUGUCGCAUAAUCCAGACAUAUCCAUGAAAUCCCCCAGACAAUGUACUCCUGACUCAGACCACUGAUUUAAAAUGAAAUGUGAUCCUCCAGACCUAAGAAAGCUAUUCUAGAAUAAUGGUGUGCUGGUACACCAUUUAGUUUUCCACCUGUAGAACUUCUCCAUUUUUCUAGAUUUUCAAUUGCACAACUUAUUUCACCAUACUUACUUUUGCAUUUAGUCAUUGAGAGCUGAGUAAACAAAAAGUCUGUCAAUACAACAGACAUGCAUACUUGGAUCAAAAUUUCUUCUAACAAGGAGUGGUCUUGGUUCUUCUUGUUUGUGUGUCAGGGCCGUGAAUCACCCUGAAUACCCUUCCAUGCUCCAAGCUCUUGAAAUUGAGGAUCCAGUUGUGGCCAAUUGUCUGAUUGAUCAGAGGAGCAUAGAGAGUAUUCUCCUCAUCAAGGUAAAAAUCAGUACCACACAAGACAUGACACUGCUUGUUUGAAUCUGCUGUAAGCUCUCCGAAAGGACAGCUCGGAGGUAGCUUUUGUACAUAAUUCUAUUUAAAGUACUACAAUAAAGAUACAUAAUUAUUGAACAAAAAAACACUCAUGCCCUUGUGUAGCUCUCUUGUGAAAUUUGGGUGCAACUUUUCAACAGUAUGCUAUGGUGUGCUUACACAACUCAUGCCUCCUAUUUGGUCUUUGUUGCGUCUGUAUGUAUGUUUAGAAUCGCACAGAGGCUAGGAGGGUGAUGCAGGGCAAAAACCCUCCUCAAAACUGCACCCAGGCCUUUUCCAAGGAUGGAGAUCAGAUUUUCGCAAACCGCAGUUACACUGCUGAGCAGACUAGAGCAAACUACCUGUCCGGGGAUGUGGAGGAGGAGAUCAGGUGAGUGUGAGACCUUUAACCUAAAAAAGCAGUCAGUGAGAGUGCACAGACAAAGUUAAAAUGACAACUCCCAUCAUAAUUAUCACUAGACUUAGGAAGAGAACUGAUUGGUGUAUUUACACUAAUGAGAAUCUACAAAUUUAAAAAGGAAACUGACUGUAAUUGUAAGCUGCAGCCUUGAUUAAUGAAUCAUCUUUGUCUCCUUCAAUGUCUUUUUCCUUCAUGUUUCCUAUCUUUCUCUCUGACAGGCAUUUGCAGAGGGAGGCUGAAAACCAGAACGGACAGGCAAAACGCUUCGAGCAACAGAUGAGAAAGUUGGAUGAAGAAGUCAGACAGAAUGAGUCACUACUGAAAAGGACUUUUGUAGAGCAGAGGACUACCAAAGUAAGAAUUUCACCUCUUAUAAGAGGACAUGCAAUCAAUCAAUCAAUCAAUCAAAUUUUAUUUAUAUAGCGCCAAUUCACAACAGACGUUAUCCCAAGACACUUUCCAAAGAAAAAGAGCCGGUCUAGACUACUCUCAUUGUUUGAUGUUUUAUCAAGACCCAACCUUAAGAUGGGACAGAUUUUACCCAUCUCAUCUAACAUGAGUGUCAGUGACAAGAAAAAACUUCCUUUUAACAUGCAGAAACCUUGGGUAGGACCAGACUCAUGCUAGACAGCCACCAAGCCGCUGCUGUGUUAAGAAGAAAUACAGAGAGAUAGGCAGGGGAAGAGAAAGAGAACAAGGGAGAAGGAAGGAGAGAGAGAGAACAAGCAAGGGAGAGGGAGGGAGAGAGAGAACGAGGGUGAGAGAGAGAGAGAGAGAGAGAGAGAGAGAGAGGGUGAGAGAGAGAGAGAGAGAGAGAGAGAGAGAGAGAGAGAGAGAGAGAGAGAGAGAGAGAGAGAGAGAGAGAGAGAGAGAGAGAGAACGAGGGUGAGAGAGAGAGAGAGAGAGAGAGAGACAAGGGACAGCAGCAACAUUAAAACAACAACAACAGCUCAUACAGAGUUGUGGUUGCAGAGCAAGUAAUGAUGAAAUGAUUUGAAUUCAGUUUACAGGAUUAGGAUAUAAGUAAUUAUGGACUAUGUUAAAUUAAUUUAAUGUGAUUACAGUCAGGCCUGCUAGUCGUUAAUUUUAGCUUUAUGUUUAACAUUGAUCUCUGUAUAACCAAAAGUUUAAUGAAAUCAGUAGAAUGAAAACACAUGGGUUUUUCAAAGGUGUAGUUUUUUAUUCUUUCUGUAAACAAAACUUUAUGUUACCUCAUAUUUGAAGUCAAAAGUUUUCACUUUUUGUAUUAACCAUUUACAAAUUUUUCCAAAACUAUUUUAAAAACAGGUCAACAAAUUUUAAUUUUUAAUUUUCUAAUAAAUGAAUAAAACUAAAUGAAUAAGAUAUUUCCUAAUCAAGUUUGUGGUGUUUUUGUUCUCUGUCAUUGUGGAUUUGAUCAUGAAGGAUGCACUUUUGUUCUAGGACAAGGCCACAAAGCUACAACUGGAGCUAACAGACCUAAAAAAUGUGGAAGAACCUCAGUCAGAAGACCUCAGACCUCUGGUUUGUACAGAACACAUGGAUGUAAUACAGCAACCUCAUGUCUCUAGUCCGGAGACAUCUGUGUUAUUUUUACAAUCUUUGUACUUUAUUUGAUCCUACAGGAGGAGGACCUUGAGGAGAUUGUUUCUAAGAUCUCAUCAAAGUGCGCUGAAUAUGAUAAGGCACGGGCUCAGAUGGCUGAGUUUAAGGCCUCCUAUGAGAUAGCAGAGCAGGAGUACAAGCAACACAAAGAGCAGAUCAACACAGUCGCUGAGGAGGCUGACUUGAUAAAGGUAAAAAGUGUAAACAAACCCCUUAGGGUACAGAUGUCUUCAGGUCAGGAUUUAAGAAAGUUUUAGAUGAAUACACUCUGUCUUGGUAUAUUUUAAUCAAACAAUUCACAACAGCAAAAACCUGACAUAAACCUUCAUGUUCAUUUUAAGUGAACACGGAUCAAUGUUAUAGGCAGGUGAUUCACAAAUUGGUUGCUGCCCCCAAAUGGGCUGUGAAGAUGCUGCAGGAAAUCAGCAAGAGGCCCUUGGUGUAUUAAGAUUUACUGAAUGAAGGACCCUCAAAUGCCACUGUUGUAUCAGACUCUCCAUGUGUCUUGCAGUGUAAAUGUCAAUUAGCACUGACUAAUUUUGAUCGUUUUAAUAAUGAGCUGUCAUAACAAUCCCUGUGUGAACAAAGCUCAUUUGCUCUGAGAAGAGCAACAUUAGUAAGUCAUUUGGGCCCACACCCAGGGGGCAGACAGAAAAAAGGGGCAUUUAGGGAACAGAGGCCAAGGUAAGGGGGUUUAGUGGGCCACUGGGUAAUUUUGUAUUCUAAAGUGGGUUUUUGCUCUUAUAGUUGAGAAAACUACUCUAGGCUUUGAGCCUAAAUAUUCCUGCAACAAAUAUACAGUAACUUUACAGAAUAAAUAUCCUCGUAGAACUUUAGUGUAAGGUUAAUUUUGCAUUAAUCAAAAAUUGUCUGGUUUCACAGGAUGAGCUGAAUAGGACUGAUCAGGAGGUAAUGAAGAGCAAGCACCACAAAAAACAUUAUGAUGAUAAGCGCAGUACCCAUCUCCACAACAUACAGACACUAGAGGCCACUCUGCGAGGCAAGGAAGAGCAGCUCCAGGUAUGUUUCUUUAAAUCACUUGGUAAACAAUUAAUCCUCUUUUUGUUUGUCUUUUUUCCUAAAACUCUGGAUAUGUUUCAUAUGAGUUGACGUGUAGUUUGAGUUUUUCACAUCUGGUUUUAAGAUGAGAUCAGAGAAAUCCUGUCAUCAGAGAACCAAACUCAGGUUAUCAAAACUGAGUAGGAGUUGUAAUAGUCAGACAGCGACACUAGCUUUUUAAUUUCUGUCUCUGUUGAAGAUUUAGAAUACUGUAAAUCAGCAUUGUAGGCUCUGUAGGUUAUAAUUUCUGCUGCAUUCAGUCAGAAACUGAUGAGAUGUUUCUUUGAUGCUCAGACAUCCAUUGCCAAGGCCACAGAAAUCUGUUCAGAGCGCCUGGAGAUACGGCGGACACCCAAAAGUCUGGACAGUGAGAUCAGCCGUCUUAAAGUGAAGAUAACAACACAGCAGGAACAACAGGGUGACAGAGAGGAGGUUGUAAGGUACUUUGGCUUCUGGCUCAGAUGAGAAUGUCAUUCUUAGUCUGUGGUGUUGAUGUCAUGUGAGGACAAACACUUAGUUCAUUUCCAUAUUAUUGUCCCUUUUUUUUUCAAUUGACAAACUAAAGCACUGAGACCCCUCACAACAGUAACAUAUCUAUCUUUCUGCCUCUUACCUUUGUGUCUCUCUUUGUCACAUCCAGGCAGUAUAAAGAGGCUCUGGAAAACUACAACAAGAUGGCCCAGCAGAUGAAGCAGCUCAACAGUUUCAUCAAAAGUCUGGACAGUGUCAUGAAGCAAAGAGUUCAGGCAUAUACUGAGCUCAGGAGGCAAGUUUUAGAGUAGACUGUGUUCUUAACACAGUAGUUACCAAAGACAAUGUUCCAGUCCUUUGAUCAAUGAAAAUAUAAAUUAACGAUCAAUUAUUGAUUUAACAGGAAAAAAAACGUUUUUCCUCAUUAAAUACCAACUGUUGUUCAGCACCGCGUGCUACAUGCUAACUCACACUUCCUACCUGCUCGGCUCCCGUAAUUGUUUUCUUUUCAUUCAUGAAAUGCUAAAAUCAGGGACAACUUUCGCCAGGGACAGGUCAUCUUAACAGGGACUUUACCCCGAGAUUGGGGACGUCUGGUCCUCCUACAGUUCCUCCUUGCUAGCAAGGAGCUAAUGGUAGGUUGAGAUGAGAGCACUGGAGGAUUCAUUAACAUUAGUCGGAUGUAUGUGGUUCAAGUGGUACAUCAUUGGAGUCAUUGUCAUGUAGUACUUGUACACGGCAUCACAGAGUUUGCAGCAAACCUCAUCAUUUUUCCACUUAAAAUGGUUUCACACCACACUUCAUCUUGCUUUCUUCAUGUUAUUUUCGACUUCUACAGAAGCCCACUGACGCUGUUUCACUCCCCUUGUUAAAAUGUCAAAAUCCCUCCACAUGGUAAUAGUCACUUCAUUUCAUUGCUUCAACACACACACUCACUGACUGGACAAAGAGGGUAUCCUUCCCGAUCAGCAGAGAUCGAUCUUUGCUUGAAAGCAGCUGGAGGAUGUAUGCAUGCUCUCAGCCCUUUUUUAAUAACAUUAGAUUGAUCGAAAUUUUGCGUGAUAGACAUAAUUCUUAACGAUCAAUUUAUCACUCAUCGAUUAAUCGUGCCCAUUCUUAACCAGGAUAAUUCCUUAUUGCUCUGUUUCUUAUUGCUUUAUACUUCUGUCUUCUCUGUCCAUUUGAUCCCUCUCUCCUGCAUCUGUUUGUAUGCAAGGUUCCUUUCAGCUCGCUGUAAAUACUACUUUGAUAGCACCCUGGCCCAGAGAGGCUAUACUGGGAGUAUGACCUUUGACCACAAGAAUGAAACCCUCUCCAUCUCGGUAAGACGGAGGUUUGAAUGAUAAGUCAACUCAUAUAUGACGUUAUUUUCAGUUUAGAAAUCUACAGUGAAGUAUUGAUAAAUAUGAAAGGUAUUCAUUGUUUGUAAAUAAUUGUUCCAGCUUUUUAAUCUGGUGAUAUAAAGCAUGAUGACUAAUAGGGCUGGGUAUCGAUUCAGAUUUUCCAGAUCAGUUCGAUUCGAGAUUACAAGGUCCUGCUUCGGUUCGAUUUGAUUCAAUAUCGAUUCAGUCAGGGAUAUCAGUUAAAAUAAUGCUGUAAAUUUAACAAGUAACUUUUAACAAGGUUACCAACCUGGUACUUAAUUAAAAAUUGUGUUUACAUCAAGAAUUAAACCCAAACCAGUUACAUUAAUCAUAUACUUAUUAUUAUUCAAACAUGACCACCUGACAAUACAAAAACAUAAAUUAAUCAAAAUUAAAUUAAAAUAAAUUACAAGGCAGCCACUGUAAUUGAAGUAGCUACAAACAUAAUAUAAAGAGGUCUUCCAGCUUUUGUGCAAUAAUACCACAGUAGCUGUGAGACACACAACUGUAUCAGAACACAAACAACUAUCUUUUGACUCCUAGAUAAAUGUAAGGGAAUUGAAAUUGUGCAGUAAGUCAGGUUUUAGAGCAUGGUCUUGUAAAUUGUAUAUUAACAUACAAUGUAAUACUGAAAAACGCUGAUCAACAUGUUGAGGAGUAAGGCAGCUGCACAAAUACCUGCUCCAGGCUGGUUUGUUUGAGUCAUGCUGACUGUGUUUCCGAUCUCUAGUCAAAUGAAUGCGGAGAUUCAUUUUAUUGCCACUGAAUUUUACCUACCCGUUGCAAAUUACUUGUUUUCUUGUUGCCGUCUUCCAACUUGUUAAAUCCAAUAUACAUCCAAAUAUCAGCUUUUAAACUUGUCGGCGGUGCCUUGAAAGGUGGACUCGCUUCCGCUAUGUUUGCAGGCCUGCUGGCAGUAACAUCUCACGAGAUCUUGUUCCGUGGAAAGCAGCGCUAAAUGCUGAUCACAGCAUUUAGACUAGCAGGGUUGAUACUUCAGGCUGCUUCUCUGCAAGUCCAAUGUAGAAAAAACUAUUAAAGUUAAAAGAUCAAUCUUUUGAUUUUAUUUAUUGAUUUUGAACCAUUUGAAUGGAAAUCGGUUAAAAUUGAUUGAAUCAAUCUUUAAACCCAGCCCUAAUGACUAAUGCAUAUUGCACAAAGCUGAUUUGUUGUUUUUGUCUGCAGGUGCAGCCUGGUCAAGGAAGCCAGGCAAAUUUGAGUGACAUGCGCACCCUGUCUGGUGGCGAGCGCUCUUUCUCCACAGUUUGCUUUGUUCUUUCUCUGUGGGCCAUCACUGAGGCGCCUUUUCGCUGCCUUGACGAAUUUGAUGUUUACAUGGUAAUGAGAAACUCUUUCCUGAUGUUUAAAUACUUAUGACUUACUUAUACUUAUGACUCAUCAUAUGACUUAUGAUACAUUCCCAUGAAAAGAAGAAAUGAAAAGUAGCUGGAUAAGUCUUUGCUUACUUUAACUUCUUCCACAUAGUCACUUUUGAAAGGUUCUGCCCUAAAAAUGUUCCAACGAAGCUUAUUUACACACGUCCCUCACAGCAUGAAGCUGUUAGAGGGGGAUGGAGGGCGGGAAGAGAGAGGACUCUCAGGCAGUACUAACAUCAAAAGCCAAGGUCAAAGUCUUAAAGCCCAGCCACUGAACCCUCACAGACUAUUGCUGACAGGCAAGACAAAACAGUGAAGAGGUCUACACACCAGUCAGUCUUGCACAUGGCAUGGAUGUCAAUGCAAAUGCUGUCACAAUAGUAUUAGACUCAGUUGCCUUGUUCCCCAUGGAGGGGGGGCUUGGAAAUGUUCCAGAGUAUUCCAAAAUAACCACACAAUCUCCAACAUUGACCAUGCUCAGGGUUGUUACUCUAUGACCUGACGAUCUGCAUUUUUUUUUUUUUUUAUCAGGACAUGGUGAACAGAAGGAUAUCAAUGGACAUGCUGCUGAAGGUGGCUGCUGGUCAGCGCUACAGACAGUUCAUUUUCCUCACACCACAGAGCAUGGGGUAAUCACCAAAACUGCUUGUGUUUGUGUGUAUAUCUGAGAAACAGAACAGUUAGACCACCCAGAAAUGAUUUAUCGUGUUAGGGACUGUUUUAUUUGUUUGGUCAAUGAGCUUUGAUUAUUUAAAACAAAAGAAGAAGAAAUCUGUGUGGGAGUAAAGGCCGUGUGAUUUUUGUAUGCUGCUGUGUUUCCUUAGGAAAGAGCUCAAACUCAUUUGUUUUCUUUUUUUCUUCUUUCUAUUGUAUAGUUCUCUUCCAGUGAGUAAAAUCAUCCGCAUCCUCCGACUCAAAGAUCCAGAUCGGAGCAAUAACAACACACAAAGAGGUGAAGGGGAAGAGCAGUAGUGUCCUUCCAAGUGCUAUUAACACAUAAUGUAAAAAGACGGACUCUUCAUCAAGUGCCUCAAUGUAUAUGAGAGGAAGACGAUGUAGUAUGUUGACUGCUGCCUUUUGGAAAUAAAUGCUAAGGAAGGGCUGCAAUAUUCUUCUUGAAUCAGCACAUGGGUUUCAGGUUUAAGAAUGCUGGGAGAGUAGGAAUUGAAGUGUUAUUGUUCUCUAAUUUCAGGUGAAGUUUAAGUUUUUAUAAAAUGAUAAAGUAUUUUUAUAUCUUUAUAACAACUUGGAUGUUAAGAUUGACAGAGUUAGUGCUGCAAAUGUAAACAAUAUUUAAUGUUCAUUAAACUACACCAGAAACAUA